GUUGGCAGUUUCCAUGGUAACCCUAGAACACGUGGACAUCCGUUUAACCGUCCCCGCCGCUCGGGCGCCAUUUUGUUGUAGCUCAGCAUUUGCUCGGAGGAAGAGAGCGCCGAAUCCAGGAGCCUGCUGCCGGCUGCAUAUGGGGUGAUCCGGUGGAGGCCGCGGCUCCGGGGAGGUCUCCAUGGGUUGUCUGUUUUGCACAGGGUUACGCCUCUGCGUGCGCCAUCACCCGCCAUUAGUGACGUUCUUCCUGUGCCUGCUGACGCUCGCCGCCACCUUCCUGUGUUAUGGAGUCUACAUCCGCACGUAUCCGGUGCAAGACGCCGACUUCACUCAGGAUGUUGACACGGUCCUGCAGACGCUGACGGCCAGUAAGAUAUGUCCCCAGAAGAACGGGACUGCCCCGACGGUGCAAGCUUCGUCUGCGGAUCGUAGCGAUCUCGCCAGUGUGUCGGUCCUCGCCAGCGUUACGCUGUCUCCAUGGCAACCAUCAGUCAAUCACAGCGGCCUGCACAUACAUGCCACAGCAAGCCAGCUUGGGAUGACAGGUCCAGGCGCGGACUCCCCGCUGCUCAUCACGGUGACGUCCAGCUGGUGGUCAGCGCAGUGUAAUGACAGUGAUGCCGAGUGCUCGGGAAAGUUCUGUGUCACAGUCAGCGGUCUACCGGCCGUUCUGCCCCAGAGCUGGUCGUCCCUCCAGUGUAAUACAGCAAACGGCAGCGGACAGCAGCUACGUCCGGAACUGUAUGUGGUGGAGGUGGAGACUGACGACCCCCAAAAGUGUUAUAGUCUGCAGUAUAGAGGAGACCCUGAUCUGAAGGCUGUGAUAUCUCAGGAGGAUCGCGCCGUCUCCUCAGGACGCCUGCUGACUGCGGCGGUGUUUUGCCUCCUCGUUGCUCUUCUGCUCCUUGUGGUCAGCGGCUGCUGGACUCUUCCCAUCAAGGACAAGCGGACUCCUGGAGCGCUGUGACUGCGGACAUUGCAAUAAAACGUUUCUCACCCUGGA